CUGUAAUAAGAACAUGUUCAUGAUACCGAAGAUGGAAAGAAUAUUAUUAUAGUUAUUUAUCUAAGUAAAAAGAAAUUAAAACAUUCAUAUGUUGUCACUCUGACAAUUAUGCCAUAAAAAUGGGCCAUGAAAUAUCAGAUUUAUAUUCACACACCAUAGAAAAUAGCUGAAUUAUUAUGUAAUACAAAAAACUGAACAAGCAAAAUUUACUCCAACCAUGCAAUGCAACCAGCCUUUCUAUGGUAUCGGGUAUGGCGGGCCCAAUUGUGGACAGUUUUAUACUUACAACUCGUCACCCUAUUAUGGAACAUACCCUGAAAUAAUAGGAGAAGGCGAAGUCGCUUCAGUACUAUUCCCUGAUGGAUCUAUUCAAUUUUACUUCGUACCCUUAGCAAAUAAACGAUGGCCAUCCUAUACAUAUAAUCCCAACUUAUAUUGUAAUCCUUCCUGUCGCACUAACACUGGAGUGUGGUUUAUUAAGAAUUUUUCAAACCCGAUACCACCCGCAAUAUUCCAACAAUACUGUCAAGGAGCUAAUGGAGAGCCAUUUUCGAAAUCAUAUUCUUUUUCUGAUAACAACAUGGCUACUUCACCAGGUUUUCUACUAAAGUUUCACAACGACAACUGGACGUCGACGACAGAUCUCCAUUACUUUUAUCCUAGUUUACGCGAAUGUACGUGGUUUCCGAACGUGCGUACUAUAGAAUCUGCAGCAGUGCAAGUGGAAAUACCUAUAGAAACAAAACGCACCUGCGAACACGUAGUGGUCUGCAAUAAACCCUGUAAAUGUACGCGUACCUAUAGCAGUUGUACAAAAUCAGAAUACUGUAAAAACUUAAAACAAGAAUGUAACAGUAGUCAUAUGUCAAUAGUACAAUCAAUAUCAAGAGAUUCAAUUUAUAAAAAUAAAAAACCAAUAGCAUUUAAAGAAAAAAGGUCGUCGUGUUCCAGUUUACAUGGAGAUAAAAAAAAACCAAGAAAAAAUAAAUAUCAAAUUACAUGUGAAUGUAACAAAACUAUUAAACCAAGUACUACAGACAAAUCGGUGACAACCUAUGCCGAUCAAUCUAGCAGUUGCAUUGGUGAGAAGGGAUGUGAAACACAGACCAAAUAUUGCGUUCCUACCAACACAGUACACAAAAUAAAUAGUACACACAAGAAUAAUAAAACAGAAAUUUGGAUUCCAAAAACGCCGUUAAGCCGAAAAGCAAUGGAAAUUAAAUCUUCAGAGAAUUUUAAAGGAAUUUAUGAUAGCGAUCGCAAUUCAGAUGCUUGUAUAUGUAGUAGUGAUACAGAUGAAUAA